GUCACGAUUUGCCUUUGCACAAUUCAUGGCAUUGGAAGAUGGCGUGAAAUAACUGACCACUGAGCUUGAGAUGUGCCACUCAGAUAGGAGGAGCAUUAAUGUUGUGUGGGUGUAUGCUGGGGGUGGUUGUCUUAACAAGCACAUUCUGUGGAAAUACAGACAUGAGGCAUGUUUUCAUCAGUUGGGGGUGGAUUGUGUUUGUACAUGCUGAUGCGUGUGUAAGUGUCAGGCGCUUUGACUAGUCUUGUUUGUGUAGUUUAGUAAUAGGGCACUCGUCUGCAGUUCACACAGUUUGGCUCACACUCUGAAACUGAGAUUUCUUAUCUACUGCAUCAGGUGUCAGUGAGGCCUUUACCCCAAAGCUAGUGUUGGCUACUCAAGACAUACCCGGGUGGUAGCAGAACGCAUUUGUUGUCACAUAAGCAACAAUUGUGGACUAAAAAUGGAAAACAAAACCUCAGGAAUGAGUGAGAGCCUCCACGUGAACUGCAACAUGUCUGGAAGACACGGCUUCAUCUUCACCUUCAUUCCCGUUGUCUACGGAUGCAAUUUUGUCAUUGGGAUCAUUGGUAACAGCAUGGUAGUGGCUGUCAUCUACCGCUACAUGAAGCUAAAAACAGUAGCAAAUGUGUUUGUGCUCAAUCUAGCUAUAUCAGACCUUACCUUCCUUAUUACGCUGCCAUUGUGGGCCGCUUUCACAGCCACGGGUUACCACUGGCCAUUCGGCACCUUUCUGUGCAAGGCAAGUGCCGGAAUGGUCAUCUUCAACCUCUACACUAGUAUAUUCUUCCUCACCGCUCUUAGCAUUGACCGAUAUCUUGCUAUUGUACAUCCGGUGCGCUCCAGACGCCAGCGCACACUUCUCUACGCUAACCUCACGUGUGUACUCAUAUGGGUGUUUGCCUUGCUCCUCAGUGCACCUACAGCACUAAGCAGGGAUGUGUACGACAUUGGGAACUCAACAUUGUGCGCAGUGUUGCACCACAGUGAGCAGAUACACUUCCUAGUUACCCUUAGCGUGCUAAAAAGUGUUCUAGGCUUUCUUGUGCCUUUCCUUGUCAUCAUCACCUGCUAUUGCCUUAUUGGUCAGGCACUUCUGGGUUCCAGGGGUCUGUUGAGGAAAAGCGUUCGCUCUCGGGAGGAUGAAACACUCCGGAUGAUAGCCGCUACUGUGUUAGCUUUCUUUGUUUGCUGGGCUCCUCACCAAGCUUUCCACUUCAUGGAGCUGCUGGCCAUGCUUGGCGUGGUGGAAAACUGCCAAACACUGGAUGUUAUUGACACAGCCAUGCCAUUUACCAUCUGCAUCUCCUAUUUAAACAGUUGUGUAAACCCCAUUCUCUAUGGAUUUGUUGGACAAAAUUUUCGCAAGAAUCUACUGAGGUUGCUAGGCUGUGAGUCUGGACAAACUCGCAGUCACUUUAGCAUUAGCGCAAAGAUGAAUGUCCAUUCCCAUUGCACCUCUGGACUGCUCAACCCAACAAGGUCCAAGAUCGAUUCAACAUCCUCUGUUAAGACAUCUUAGGUGGAAAAGGCAUAGCUGAAAUUCUGUAUUUAUCUGUGUUUUGGGAUUUUAAGGUACUACAAGAUACAGCAUACUUGGCCAAAGCAUUACCAAAGCACAAUACUAGUUAGUUACGUUACUGUAUCAGUAACACAUUACACAGUACACAUUAGCAUACUUUUAAAAAGAAUACUUAAUACGGAAAUAGUAUAUUUUAGAAGAAUAUACUUAAAGGGAUAGUUCACCCAAACAUGAAAAUUCUGUCAUCAAUGCAAAAAAAAAAAAAAAAGAAAAAAAAAAAAGAAAAAGCAUUUUGAUAUGCUUGUUGUGUUGAUGCAACAGCAGACGUUGUUGCAUGAACGCGCGUUGGCGAUUCAUAUUUUGUUAAUAAAGUGGUAAAUUAUGUUUUUUGUUUUUUGUUUUUUUUGUGUAAACAAAGCACUUGAGUCAUUUCAUAAAAUUGAGGUUAAACCACUGGAGUCACAUGGGUUACUUUAAUGAUGUCUUUACUACCUUUCUGGGGCUAGAAAGUGGUAGUUGCGUAGACUGUCAAUGGAGGAACAGAAAGCUCUCAGAUUUCAUAAAAAAUAUCUUCAUUUGUGUUCUGAAGGUGACAUGAGGGUGAGUAAUUAAUGACAGAAUUUUAAUUUCUGGGUGAACUAACCCUUUAUGGAACAGUGUACUCUCUUUAAGUACACUUAAGUGGCCUUUUUAUUUCAUUAAUAUCUGCAGUUUAAAAACUGUACAGUUUAAAAAAAGAAAAAAAAAAAAAAGAAAGAAAUAUACUUAGGAUUUGAAGUACACCUCAAGUGCACAUUUAAUACAAUUAAGCAAACCUUUUCACAAGGGGCUAGUUAUAAACAGAGCCUAAAAUUAACACAAAUUAAAAUUAACACAAGUGCCAAAUGUGAGUAAAAAUCGGCGUUGGCGAGUAUAUGAAAUGGUAUCAGUUCCCAGUUGGCCGGUAACAUUUCUAUGAAUUUUAACAACACCAUUUUGUGAGAACAUGAAUGAUGCUCGGAACAGUUGAUGAGGCAGUGCCCUGAGAUUCAAGUGCAAGAAGAUGUGAAAGGGAACUCAAUUCAUUACUCGCGUGCUGUGUGGGAGGUUUAGACAUCUGAAGCGCAUGCCCAGAAAGCUCAAACUUUCAUGCGAAUAUUCUCUUCCAUGUCUUCUUGCACUUGAAUGGACAAAUUCACACAAAAUUAUGUCAAAAACUGUCCUUCUCUGCAUGUAUCCUAGUAAACAUAAUCAUUUAUGUCUUAAACAAACGUAAACAGUGGAGAAAGAAAACACGUGUAUCACUAUACUGGAUCCGUGCAUUCGCUUUUAAAGUGAUAGCACUGAGACUGUCCCCCUCCAAAAAAUGACCCUAUAGGUUGUUUUUUCAAGCACCUUAUUAUGUCCUAUAUUUACGUUUUGAAGUCAUGCACCCUCUAGCUGGCGUAAAAAUAAUGACAGUGUCGUGUUACGUCUGUUGUCAUGAAAUUCCGUAUGACUGUCGUUACCAAUCAAAAUGUGUGUUCAUUUAAAUGCAAUGUGUGGACUUUUUACACGGUCCCUUACAUGCCAUUUGUCCUAUUUCCAUUUAGCAAAACUUGAGUUUGAAUUUUUUGAGUUUGAAUGACUACACCUACCCUAUCCCUACACCUACCCUGAGUGAUUUUUAGUGCAUAUACACUUUAUGAGCACAUGCGUUCCCUGGGAUCGAACCCACAAUCGUACGAUCACAUGAUUGCGUAUAGUUGUAUAUUGCAAUGCUCUACCAAUUGAGCUACGCGAAACCCAAAAUAUGAUGCAGACAAAAGUUCAUCUGCUGCUGUCUGCAUUUUUAAUGUUAAUAAACACUGACUGCUCUUGACUGAAUAAGUUUUGUAACUUUAGUAAGGAUUAAUCUAGGUGCAAUUUAAACAGUGAAGACUAUGCAGUGUUAUAUUGGAUUAGCCUACUUCAUUCAGUUUCUGUACCUGAAAACUACUGUUAGACCUACCUGAAAACCAGUUUAUUUCAUUUGUAUCAUUGUUCUAUUGUAUUUAUUUGUGCUAUUCCUUGUAAUUUAAUUUUGUUCUUAUUUUAUUAUUGACUGUUUACUUGUCUUUAAUAACAUUUAAAAUUUUUAUCUAAAAUUUUGGUGUCAUAACUGCCUGUUUUUGCAAAAAUGUCAGGAAAAAAAAAAAAAAAAAAAAAAUUUACCGGCCAUAAUAUAUAUAUAUAUAUAUAUAUAUAUAUAUAUAUAUUUCAUAAAUUAUAAAUAUUCAAGGUUUUUUUUUUUUUUUUUUUUCGGUCACAAGGUGGUGAACUUUAAAGGCUUAGUUCACCCAAAGAUGAAAAUUCUGUCAUCAUUUAGGCUGUGUCCAUCAAAGUGAUUUUUUUAAAACGGCAGGAGCGUAACGAGGCACUGAGUGUCUAUUUUACGCUGAAUGCUGAGUGCUCUGUGUUUUUUACCGGUCGCCGAGAGUUGGAGAAUUUCAACUUUAGGUAAAAUGCAAGGCUCAUCACUGUCACUUUGUACCCAGCCGUCCAAUCACAGUGAAGGAGAGGCGGGACAAAUACAACACCAACCAACCGCCACGUUCUGCUUGUACAACAUCAACAGAUGACAGCAACAAGCAUAAUAAUGGAACACAAUAAUUUAAAACAAGAGCCAGAGCUAAUGCUUUACAUUGUAUCGACAUAUUAUAUAUAUAAACAAUACAGAAACAAACUAUCUGUGAAAUGAUAGUAACACUUCCGUGGAUAUUCCAUAACAUAGCAAGCAAAGCAUUUCAAUUGAAAAAAAAAGCUGCGCUUCCAAAGUGCUCUCAAGCGCCCACAGCUAUGCGUUUUCAGCAGAGCGCCUAGUGUUUUCAGCUGGCUAAAAACGCUUUGGUGGACACACGGCCUUACUCACCCUCAUUCAUCUGCGAAACACAAAUUAAGAUGUUUUAAUGAAAUCUGAGAGAUUUCUGUCCCUCCACUGACAGUCUACGCAACUACCACUUCAAAAAGUUCAUAAAGAGAUCGUAAAACCAUUGUAAAUCCAUAUAAAUCGAGUGGUUUAGCCUAAAUUUUCUGAAGAGAAAUGAUCACUUUAUAUGAUGAACAGAUUUAAAUUAGGCUUUUAUUCAUUCUUUAUGUCCCAUUCAUUUGUGUUUCGAAGAUGAACGGGAAUGACAUGAGGGUAAUUGAUGACAUUUAUUUAUUAUCACUUUUGAGCUAACCCUUUAAGUAAUCUGGAAAUUUGACCAUAUAUUGUGACCAUAUUAUAAACCAUGUUACCUGAUCAUAAUGUUUUAUUUGUGUUCAUGCAAAAAUAUGAUUUUCUGUAAUAAUUUCUUGUCACAACAAAAGACCAAAACCACAAAUUAAAAUAACUAACUAACUAAUAAAUACGUAAUAUAAAAGGUAUUGCAUAUUGCAAGAAUUAUGUACAGGUGAUACCAUAUAUAUAAUUAUCUUGGUUACUCUGCUUAUUUCUUUGCUUUAAAUAAGUCUUUUACUAAAACCAAGAUGUAAAUACAGCUAUAUGUAUUUAACAUAUUUAGAACUGUACUGCAGUACAACAGUAAUGUGGGACGUUAAAUAUUAUAUUUGCGGUCCCACUUUAUAUUAAGUGUCUUUAACUAUGUACUAACAUUAGAAUUAAUCAUUUGAUACAAUGCACUUGAUGUGUAUAUACAUGUUUUACAUUGUACUUAUAUUUCAAAAAUACCUGCAUGUACAGCUGUAAUUAAUUUCUGUAAUUACAUUUAUAAUUACACUGUUUAUACUUUCCUAAACCUUUAACCCACCCUUAAGCUUAACUAUACCACCAAUCCUGUCCCUAACUUUAUCCGUGUCCACCUCAAUAGCAGCAAAAGUGUUUUGUAAUAUGAACACAAUAAGUACGUUGUAAAGAAUAAUCAACGGCUAGUUGUGCUUUAAACAAUUUUAAUGCAUGACGUGGAGGCAAAGAACUGCCAAAAGCAGUUUUUUGGAUAAGUAAAUAAGUUGAUAAUUGAGUAUGAGAUAUGAAUGUGAAAACUGUACACUGAACACACACACACACACACACACACACAAAUAGUUUUAGAUUGUCUGUUGAAUGUUUUUGUUUUGCAAUAUAUCUGACGUUGUAACAUUACAUAAAAAUGUAAAAAAUAAUGUUUUGUACAUUUCUUUCUUUUUCAUCUCUUUUUUUUACAUGUACAUUCCAUGGGAAUAUUUUGUACUCAUCUACACUGAACAUUCAAGCAGUACAUAUAGUAUAGUUUGGGACUCGUGCAGAAGAACAGUAAAAUAAAAUUAUUAUUAUUUUUUUAAA